UGUUCAAAAUUUUCAGGGCUGUUAUGGACACCAUGUAUGUUCCUGGAUUCCACAAUAUGCUGUCAAUGUAUCAAAGUACAAUCAGCACCCACUACCUUGAAAGUGAUGCUAUGGCUGCCAAAUAUCUUACAGACUCACAGUUAGCAGCCAUCGCUGCAAUGUCUCCUGCAAUGAAAAAAAGGAAUGAAGGUGAAGGAACAAGGAAGAUCAAUGACUCUACUGGCCCAGUUGAAGUUAUUGGCAGCCAAGAAAGAAUGCAAAGCCAACUCUACAAAUUUACUGUGAAUAACAACUUUUCUCUGGCCACCAAAAAAUUCCUCGAGAGAUACGGAUUACAUGAUGACUGACUUUAUCUUGUUUUCUGUAAUCUGAUAUAUGGAUAAAUAUGAAUUUCUGUUAAACUUGCAAUAGGAAUUUGUGGUGUUUUAAGCCUACAGUAUUUAUGUUUUUAGUACAGUAUUGCUGAUCUAACCCCUGUCUAUGCAAAAUCUAAUUGAAAUACUGCAACUUCAAAUAUUUUUAUUGAGCACAUCAUGUUUACUUCAUUUGCUUUUGCUUUUAUUAUUCUUUUUCUUUUGAUUGAUUUCUUUUUAAUCAUCCGCACAAAUACUCUAUGUUUGUAUGAUAUUUUAAAACCAUUUUUAAACUCUUUCACAGGUGAGUAAGUACAGUCACAAGAAAAAAUCCUAUCAGUCCUCUGUUCCAUCCAUGAACCCUGGCACUCGUGAACCUGUGAAUCCGAGACAUCACACAGUACACCAUCUAUGGGCUCAACAAUGUGAGAUGUUUCAGAUUCACAGGUUCAUGAGUCUCAGGGUUCAUGGAUGGGGGAGGACUGACAAAAGAAUGAAAAUGAGGUUCACCUCCAUAGAGAUCUUAUUUUUGAGUGAAUGGUUCUCAGUUAUUUCAUAUGUACCCCAGAAAUUCUUACAUAUCCCACAACAAAAUUUUUUCAGAAAUAAAGGAUUUUAAGUCUCAUAAAUGCUUAUACUUUUCACCUGAUCCUCACUUUAUGUGUACAGUACUUACUAAAUGCAAAUUCGCUGUUGUGUGAGGACCCUACUUCUACCUACAAUUUGCUUAAAGUGAAAAAAUAUGCUAUUAUGCAAUCUGCUAGAUAUGAUGCAAUACAGUACAGCAUGCCCUGACAAUUCAUGGAUGACACCCUGGAUGUACCCAAGAAUGUCUGCGGGUAGUUUUAAAGUUGCCGGCAUUUUCGUGGCCGGGACAGGGAGCCAUUCGUUCUAGAGACAGUAAUUUUUACGAGGAAAAAAUUGCCAUAUGGCAACCCAACCAACUCAACUUUAACAUUUUUCUACAUUUCAAUACAUUUUGUUUUGUUUCUGACUGAUUAUUUGUGAGAGGAUU